UACCGUAAACCGCUGCCUUGACCGCGGGUUUGCACCGGCUGGACGCGUCCUACAGCCUUCAUCCUCCUCAUCCUCCGCUCAGACGAUCAGCCAGUCGUUCGCUCCUCGCUGGUCCCUCCUCCGUCUUCGCUCCACCAGGAAACUGUCCAAGGACAAACGAGCAGCGGACGGGACGUGUCCGUCACGCGCUUCUACCUGAGCCUCAGCGUCCGCGCGCACAGAAAAAGGAAGUGAACAAGAAUGAGGAGGGGACGCGAGCAAAGCGAGGACGUUGCCACACUUAUUGCCAUGGAAACCAAGCAGGACACCAGCUACGGCAGCAUCGCUAAGAAUGCAUCUGUCCAGCCUCAGGACAGGAACGUUUUCAGUGAUGGAUCAACUCGAGUGGAUUUUGUGUUGGUGUGGGAGGAGCCUCACUGCUCUCCCAAUGAAGAUAGUGCAAGUGUUAACCACGUGCACCUGAAAUGGAGGGAAGAGUUCCUGAGCAGACUGACAGACUUUGGGCUGCUGCAAGAACAGAAAGAAGUUCUGCAGACAAAGAAGAAGAUCUGCUUUGUCCUCGUCAGUGCUCCGUGGAGUGUCCUCUGUUACUAUGCUGAGGAGAUCAGUCUGAGAGUCCCUCUGCAGGUGGUGACUUCUCGCAUCGUAAACUGGUCGGAGCAGGUUCUGUCCCAGCUGUCGCUGCCAAACUUUCUGUCCCAGGACGUGCCCAACCCCCCAGCUGACUACUACACCUGUCAGUUCAGGAGCAACAAGCUGGAGAGAUUUCUGGGCAGUGACAACAAAGACACGUUCUUCAAGACCACACAGAGACACCAGGUGCUCUAUGAGAUUCUGGCCAGGACUUCGUACGGGUCAAUAAAGGACGGGGAGGUGGGAAUCGACCGGCUGCUGAGUGAGCAGGUCUUCACCGCUGCCUAUCCACUGCAUGAGGGGGACUUUCAUCCACCGACUCCUCCGGUGCCCCCUGAGUCUUUAGGUCUGAGACAAAUCCUGUUUGCAUACUGGGCCCAGUGGUCCUGUUGGCGCCGCUACCAACCUCUGGACCACAUCAGGGAGUACUUUGGCGAGAAGAUCGCGCUUUACUUUGCCUGGCUUGGGUUCUACACUGGCUGGUUGUUACCUGCAUCCAUCGUCGGGACUGUGAUCUUCCUGUUCGGGUUUUGGCUUGUGGCUACUGAUGUUCCAGCGAAGGAAGUGUGUGACAGUGGAAACAACUUCAUCAUGUGUCCCAUCUGUAACAUCUGCUCUGACUGGAACUACUCCAGCAUCUGCAUCACCUACAAGACUGGUCUUCUGUUUGAUAAUGGAGGGACAGUGUUUCUCAGUGUCUUUAUGUCUCUGUGGGCCGUCACCUUCCUGGAAUACUGGAAGAGAACCUGUUCAGCGCUCUCUCACCGUUGGGAUUGUUCUGAAUUCCAGGACAUUGAGGAGCGCCCUCGUCCAGAGUUUACAGCCAUGGCACCGAUGACCAUGAGAAACCCGGUGACCGGAGCAGAGGAGCCGUACUUUCCUGAAAACAAACGCUUCAGGAGAGUUUUCACUGGCUGUAUGGUGAUCAUCAUCAUGAUUGUUGUCGUGCUGAUGUUCCUGAUGGCCAUCAUUCUGUAUCGCACCAUCCUGAGCAUCAUCAUCUACAGGUCUGAGCACAGCUUCCUCACUUUCUCUGCUGGGAGAAUAGCGAGUCUGUCAGGAUCAGUCCUGAAUCUCUUGGUCAUCCUCAUGUUGUCCAAGGUUUACACUACGCUGGCCCACAUCCUGACUCGAUGGGAGAUGCAUCGCACUCAGACAAAAUAUGAAGACAUGUUCAUCCUUAAAGUUUUCAUCUUCCAGUUCGUUAACUUCUACUCGUCUCCAAUUUACAUCGCUUUCUUCAAAGGCAGGUUUGUUGGUUACCCUGGAAACUACUACACACUGUUCGGAGUUCGCAAUGAAGACUGUGGAGCAGGCGGAUGCCUCAUUGAACUGGCUCAGGAGAUGCUGGUCAUCAUGGUGGGAAAGCAGCUGAUCAACAACAUCCAGGAGUUCCUUGUCCCGAAGUUUAGGUCAUGGUGGCAGAGGAGGAAGAUGAGUCCUCGGCUGAAGGAGGAGUUGGUGGAGGAGCAGAGGGUGGAGGUCUGUCCCUGGGAGGCCGACUACCAGCUGCUGGUCUGCGAGGGACUGUUCAGCGAGUACCUGGAGAUGGUGAUCCAGUUUGGUUUCAUCACUAUCUUCGUGGCUGCGUGUCCUCUCGCUCCUCUCUUCGCCCUCAUUAACAACUGGGUGGAGACGCGCUUGGAUGCUCAGAAGUUUGUGACUGAGUACCGUCGCCCCGUGGUGGAACGAGCUCAGGACAUCGGCAUCUGGUUCCCCAUCCUUCAGUUCAUCACACACAUGGCCGUGCUCAGCAACGCUUUCCUCAUCGCCUUCACCUCGUCCUUCGUGCCUCGGCUCUACUAUCGCUACACCAGAGACGACUCACUGCGCGGCUUCGUCAACUUCACACUGGCAACGUCCCCUCACACCUACAACCGGCAGCACGGCGCCUGCAGGUAUCGAGGCUUCAGGGAUGAAAACGGUGACUACCGGCCCGAGUUCUUUCACCUCGUCGCCAUACAGCUUAGUUUCGUCAUCGUCUUUGAGCAUGUGGUCUUCUUCAUUGGCGGCCUGAUUGACAUGAUGGUUCCUGACAUACCUGAGGAAGUGGAGAUGAAGAUCAAGAGGGAGCACUACAUGGCAAAAGAGGCUCUCGCUGAAAACCAAGCUUUGGGAAAAACCCUUAUUCCUGGUGACCAGGACACCAGUGAAAUGCGAUGGCGUGGAUCCAGGCCCUCACUGCUGCAGAGAGACUCUCCUCCGCAUCACCAGGAAGCCAGCGCGCAGGGCAGCUGCUGAGGCGGACCACAAGAUGUCACUGCAUCAGCGUUCUCUAACCAGGGUUCUGAUUGAGCCGAGGUCCACAACUGAGACCGUUAGAAGACCUGCAUGUUGAAAUAUAACAACUGCAAGAACACUAGUUGGUUUCUACAGAACCUGGUCUCUAGAAGAUGAGAUACAGAAUCUUUACAGGGAUCUUUACAGAACAUUGUCUCCACAGAAUGUGGUCUAUACAGUAGAACAACCAGGCUGACAAAUGUUUUCUUACUUAUAGUGCCUUAAACAUUAUUUCAAUUAAAAUAAAAGUUACCUUCAAUAAAGACUAAAUUUAUAUAUCUGUACCUUGAUAUUUUAUUAUUUAUUUUGAUUUUUUAUUAUAUUUUAUUGUGAUAUUUUAGAGGCUGAGUGUAUUAUGAAAAUACGUUUUAGAGGAUUCAGUUCCAAUAGGUAAUUACAGAAUAACUGCUGUUUUUUCCUCUAACUUUUCUUUUUUUUCCACUUUUAUCGUGACUGUUGAAACUGGGAUUUGUUAUGGUUUGAUGUUAUUACUAUUUUCGUGCAAAAAGAGAUGUUUGGAUUUUUCAUUUUCAUUCUGAAAAUUAAAUUUUGUUAAAAAAAUUGUUUUUGUGUUAAAAUAACGUUGUAAAUAUUGAGGUAAAUGCUAAAGUACGUGAAACAAAAUAUGUGCGUCAUUAUGUUCUGCAGAAAUGUAUGUACACAUACUAUAUUAAAUGUUAAUAUCUAAA